CCGGCGCGGUCGAAGAUGACCAUCUUUUCCGAUGCCGAUGCCGAGCCGAAAGCCUCAGCGCUGUCAUCACGCGGCGCCGGAUCCAAGGGGUGGGAUAGUAUUGGAUCUCUUGCUGACCGCAAGAAGGAGAACACGAUGGAGCCCAGGCCUUGGGCCGGUGAGACAUUGAAGGCAGGUGGCAAGAAGAGCAGCACAAAGAUGGCUGUUUUCAGGGAUCCGGACUAAUGUAUGGGUGCUCUGGCCUGUCAUGUACUCAGUCGCUCUCCAAGCAGCUUGCGCAAUCACAUAUCCCAAUCCAUCAUCACGAGGUUCAAGUGACAGUGAAUCCCACAACCGGCAAGAGAGAACGUGUGUUUGUUGAUUUGCGAGCCGUGUAUCCAACUCCCGACGAGCCGGGUACUGAGCUUAGUUUUGAGGAGGUGUGGGCUGCGAAUCGUGGGUGGCUCGGCCACGAAUGGGAAGACGAGGAGGCCCCUCGCGUUUCGGACGAGAAUUCGGCAGCAGCCGUGAGUGCCUUAGCAGACAGCGUCUCACAGAAACUGGCAGUGCAUCAUGACGUUCUCCGACUCGAUGAGAACGGCGCCCCUAUCUACCCGAAGGAGUCGAAGCCGAGGAAGAAGAAGGUGAUCGAGGUGAACGAGACGCAAAUCAUCAAAGCGAAGCUGGAUUCGCCUUCUGGGCCAAAGAUCAAGAAGAAGAGACGGUCCACGGCUGAACCAACAAUGACACUGCAUACCAAGGCAGCAACUGAUGACAUCUAUGAUAUCUUCAACGCUCCAAUCAAGCCGGCGGUUCAAGGACUGGGGGCCAGCGAUGAAGAGCGUGGCUUUGAGUCCGAUGAUUACACCAGCGGUGCCGAGAGCACAGUUACCACAACCAAUGUCCCAACGAGCGAAGCGGAUGAUGUGGAAGACGAGGCGAGGGAUGAUAUUGAUGACGAGAACUCGGACGGAAAGAGCGUCGCCAGCGACUGGUCUGACUUCUCGAUGCACAAACACAUCCCCGACAUCCAGGGAGAUGCUGAGGAACGAGAUGAGACCCUGACCUCGGAUCUGACCCACGGGCAGCAAGAUGAAGGAAACGACAACGAGGGCAUAGAACCUCCUAGAACGAGAACCAUGUUCGUGCCGAUACCUCCUGAAGACUACGUGCCCACACGGCGGCCAUACAGGGAUCCGGCCGAGGUGGCUAACAAUCGCCUCCCGUUCAUGACCCCGAUUACGGAGAGGACCGAAACCUCCCUGGACAUGACAUCCGAUCAUAGCAGAUAUGGCAAAACGCCGUCUAGGAGACGAGGCGAAGAGAUGAUAGACGAGGACGAGGACGAGAAUGAGGUUGAGGAUGAAGACGGGGACGGGAACUUCGAUCUGGAGCCGCUCAGCAGCCCCCUGCGAGAGGUUGUGGAAAACGAAAGCCCCAAGGAUAAAGUUCCCCAACCCCUUCUCCCAAAAGCAAAGCCAGCACCUGCGGGGAAACCAUUUGCCCCCAAAGCGCUAGCUCCCAAGGGUCCUAUCAUCAAGGAGACCCAGUGCAACCCCGUCGAUGAGAGCAUUCGGGCCGAGAUUCUAGCAAACAUCCACCCUCCCCUCAGCUCUUACAGCGGCUUCUACGACCACCGAGAUGAGAGAUGUGAGCGAGGGGCUGAGAUUCGCAAGUUUGCCAAGGCCGCUGGCAAGGGGAGCAGGAACAGCACCGACAAGACGGGCAACUUGGGUACUGCGGUCGUCCUCGAGUUCCCCGAGGUCAAGUCCCAGUACACAAUCAGGAGGGAGCUCGGCGCGGGCGCGUUCGCCCCCGUGUAUCUCGUCGAGAACUCUUACCCGGACAGCAGCUCCCUCGACGGUGCAAACGAUGGGGACGAGAAUCGGCCCGUUGCGAUGAUGGGCCGUGGCGCCUUUGCCAGCACACACAACCGCCGCCACGAACGGGAAGCACUCAAGAUGGAAGACCCGCCGACACCGUGGGAGUUCUACAUGAUGCGGCUCGCUCACUCCCGCCUGGGGCCCCAACACCGCGCAACUGCCUCUCUGUCUCCGGCCCUCGAGAUGCACCUAUAUCAAGACGAGGGAUUCCUCUUCCUGCCCUACUACCCGCACGGCACCCUCCUCGACGUGGUCAACCUCUUCCGCGGCGAAGCGUCGGGCGUCAUGGACGAGCAGCUGGCCAUGUUCUUCUCGAUCGAGCUCCUUCGCACCGUCGAGGCGCUGCACUUGAAACAGAUCAUGCACGGCGACAUCAAGGCCGACAACUGCCUGCUGCGUCUCGACCACCUGACCGGUGGCGGCAGCCACUCCCACGAUCAGCAAGCGCAGCAGCAGCAGCUCUCUUCGCAAUGGCACCGCUCGGGCGCCGGCGGCUGGGCGUCGCGGGGCAUCACGCUCAUCGACUUUGGCCGGGGCAUCGACAUGCGCGCGUUCGCGCCCGACGUGCGCUUCGUGGCGGACUGGAAGACGACGGCACAGGACUGCGCCGAGAUGCGCGAGGGCCGGACCUGGACGUGGCAGAUCGACUACCACGGCCUCGCGGGGACGCUGCACGUGCUGCUGUUCGGCAAGUACAUCGAGACGGUGCGGUGCGACGCCGGCGGGCUGGCGACCUCGGGCGCCGGCGGCAGGCGGUACCGCAUCCGCGAGAACCUGAAGCGGUACUGGCAGACCGAGAUCUGGGCCGAGUGCUUCGACCUGCUGCUGAACCCGGCCGCCUUCGCCGAGAGGGAGGAAGGGGGCAAGAUGCCCGUCCUGAGGGGGAUGAGGGCCGUGAGGGAGAAGAUGGAGGCCUGGUUGGAGGCCAACUGCGAGAGGGGCAUCGGGCUGAAGGGGCUGAUGGGCAAGGUGGAGGCUUGGGCUAAGGGGCGGAAGUAGAUAUACCGAGUGUU